CCAAACCAAGCAAAGCAAUCAGCACGCAGCGAGAGCCAUCCUAUAUAAAAUGCACCCCAUGGCCGAAGAUCAAUCAAUCAAUCCAUCCACACUAGACAGCAUCCAGAGCAACAGUUUUCUAACCUCCCGUCUGAUUCGUGUGUUUUCCGAUCGGUUGCCAAUGGCGGACAUAGCGAUGCUGGUGGCCGACGAGGCGUUCGAGAGGAGGCUGCAGCGAGGGUCGCCCUUCGCCGGCGCCGGCGAGGAGGCGUCCAAGGGCAGGGAGAACUUCGGGGCCGUGAACAAGGUGUGGGCCUCAUGGGCGUCGGGGGUCAAGGUGCGCGUCGCGCUGCUCGUCGAGGCCGACGUGGCCGAGCCCAAGACCCCGGUCGCCAUGGCAGCUUUCGACGGCUUCUUCUCUGCUUGAUUGGUUCUAUUCUUCUUUCUCGUGAAAAAAAUUGAGUUCAUUUGGAGGAGUUUUAUCUCCACUCCUCCUCCCCUGAGUCAAUGUCAGUUUGACUUGUCACUUGUACAUAACCAUGUGCUUUACUGAUUUGCGACUAGAAAGUAGUAUAUAUUUGUACUCCA